CAGGUACGAUAGUGAUUAUCUAAAAUCAAACAGACAGGUCGUCGAAUUCUUCCAUUCACGAGAGUCACUUUAUUGCAUUCCUUGAUUGAUUCCUCAAUCGCAAGCUUCAGUCCAUUUAUGUAUAACUUUUGAGCACUUGAAUCCGUACAACAGCCACAACGACUGCAAUGGAUCGCCAUUUGCACAUACUUGACAAGCGCGCUGCAGGGCAGGCAACCCAAGAUGGUUCAAAGACCUACAAAUCCAGCAACAGCAGCAACAUUGUUUCCGACGUGAAUUUAGCGCAGACAAGUCUGCGAGAGCGGCUUGUUCGUUUUAGCAAUGCAAAAAAGAAGGACUCAAACAAGGCUGCAGAGGUUAUCUCUCAUGACAAUGACCCCACCACGGCCUUUUUUAAUCGUCUUAAGCGGCAUGUUCCCGCACACGGGGAUAGCGCACCUCGGCAACCAAAGAGGGCCAGGCGACCAUACGACCAAGAUACCAGCAGCUCGCCAAUCUCUAUUGCAAGGGAUACUGGACAGCAUCAUCAGAAACAGAUGCCAUUGGCUGGGGCAAUUGAAGCGACAUACGCCGGGAAAGCAGAUGAACUCGAGCGGGCCACCAGUGAGAAGCUCGAUCAAGCCCGAGACCGUCUCAAAAUACAGAUUGAGGAUCUAAAGCAGCAGGAAGGCCACUUUGUCGAUGAGCUCAAGGCUCGACAGCAGCUGAUUGCAACGCCUCUUCACGACCUCAAGUUUGUAUACGGCUCCCGUAAGGAACGGAACCUCGGCCGGAUCUUGGCCGAUUUCCGGGCCGAGAAGGAGAUUGUAGAGAAGGUAGUUUCAAACCUUUGGGAGGAGUGGGACAAUCUCAAUGUCCAGAUCAGGCAACUCUGCGAACGCGUCGUCACAAGUGACGACAGUUCACAGGAUGAGGACCUAGAUGGCAAAAUCCAGGAGGUGCUAGAAGCUGCUACUAAAGAGUUGGAAGAUCUCGGCACUGAGGCGAAGAAGGCAUUGGAAACGGCUGAAAAGGAUGCUGAAAAGCAAAGGCGGAAGCUGAGGGAAUUGUGGAUUGAGGAGAAGGCAAGAGAGUAUGACAAUGCUCACAGCAGGAAGCUCAAGUUCCGCUAGUGUUCUCCGAGGGCUAAACUCCAAGCGCCAGACGCUUGUGACUAAAAACCAGAGUAUGCAAUCUGUUUGUGGAAGAUAAGACGAAGAGCUGUCACUCGAUAUUAUGAACGUAAAGUGGCGAUUUUGGAGGAAAGUUACAUUCAAGAUGAUUGCUUUGCUAACAGCAUUUGGAGGAUCAUUUAACCCAUUUAGCUUCACCUCACAUUUGCUAUGAAUCGUCUACUUUAGACCAGGAUCGUUAUUUACGUUUAGCUUCCCCA